UCUUGCGGCAACACAACCAGUCAGUCGGCGUGUGACGAGAGUGCGUGACACGGGCAUUGAAGAAGAAGAAGGUCUCACGUACCGGUUCGACCUCAGAGACAGUCGGUCUGGGUGAACGCUUGUUGUUGACCGGUGCACCGGAAGUGAAGUGGAAGUGACUCUACGCGGAACCGCACCCCGCACCAGGGGCACCAGGGCAAUUGGUGCGUGAAGUAGAUAAAACGCUCGACGCUCUCGAAGGUCCCCCAUUUGAUUCCCCCCAGAAGGCGAGGAGAGGCGGGUGGCGAGCGAAGUGAUAAUUGAUGGUCGUCGACGGCGGCUCUCGAUCUCGGCGUGUCCCAAUCUCCCAGUCCACGAUCGGUGCUCGCGUGAGGUGGCCAGACGUUCACAAGUGCUCCGAGACUGACUCCGCGGUGACUUCGGGAGGAGGGACCUCGGGACAGUGUUGUGCGGAGGGGGGGAGAUCGUGAGUUUUGGGCCACAAUUUAUGACCGCACCCGCAGUAGUGAGUUCGGGCUAAUUGAGUGAAAUUGCCCACCCCGAAGAAUGGCCUCCCAGAAGAUGGUGUUGCUGACGUUCCUGCUGGUGGUGGUGGGUCUGGCGGGAAGUGGUGCCCAGCAGAGUAUUGACGAGCUGCACCGGCCGCAACUGGAUAUCCUCAGUCCACCGACCCCGGCGACCCCGGCCGCGGCGGGAGAACGCCAGUUCCGGGUGAUGUACGAGUGGAACGUGCUGGACUUUGCGUUCGCGGGCGAAGACGAACGGUCGUACGCGCUGUACAGUGGCCGGUACAUCCCGAAGAACGUGCUGAUCUCGGACUGUAAGCCACACACGAACCGGCUCUACCUGACCGUGCCGCGGAUGCUGCCCGGUGUUCCGGCCACCCUGGGGUAUGUGGUGCGACCGGAGAACAACGGGCGCACCGAUCCGGAGAUCGUCCCAUACCCGUCGUGGGAGAUGAACGAGCGGGGUAACUGCUCGGCCCUCCAGUUCGUCCAGGGGAUCGCCAUCGACAAGCAGGGCACCAUGUGGGUGGUGGACUCGGGGCGCACCGAAACCCUGACCCGCGGAGCGGACCACGUGGUGUGCCCACCGAAGCUGCUACUGCUGGACCUGAAGCGCAACGGCACCGUCCUGUUGCGCUACCAGUUCCCGGAGUCGGUCGUACCGGCCGGCAACAACUAUCUGAACAAGAUCGUCGUCGAUGACGCGUACGGAGGGUUCGCGUACAUCACCGACAACAGUGGAGCCGACCCAGGCAUCGUGGUGUUCUCGCGCCGCCUACUACGCUCAUGGAAGGUCCGCGAGAACAACUCGAUGCGGGCCGCCCGGAACGCGGUCCGGUUCGCUGUGAACGGGACAGAGUUGAACUUUUCGAUCCACAUCGACAGCAUUGCCCUCGGACCGUACUACAAUCCGAGCCUAGAGUCGGAAACGGAGAACCCACGGUCCGGGCUGGCCGGGAGCCAAAACUACGAGCGGAACGUGUACUACAGUCCACUCUCCAGCUACCACAUCUACUCGCUGCCGGCGUCCUUGUUGCGCGACCCGGAGUUUAAUGCGCGGGCGACGGCACGCGACAUUCUCGAGGCCGUCACCGAUUACGGGCGGAAGCAGUCGCAGACGGACGGAAUGAUCAUGGACAACCAGGGAGUGCUGUACUACGGGCUGCUCGGGGAGCACGCGAUCGCCCGGUGGGACACGUACCGGCCGUUCACGGAGAAAAACCAGCAGAUCGUGGCCCGGGACGCCACCUACAUCCAGUGGGUCGACAGUAUGGGCUUCGACCACGAGGGUUACCUGUACGCGGUGGUCAACCGGCUCCACAACUUCGUCGCCGGCCGACUCAACCCGCUCGAGGUGAACUUCCGCAUACUGCGCGCGAAGACGACCGGCCUUAGCUACGUCGAGACGCCGGACAAUCCGUUCAACAGUGACACCCGGUACCUGUACGCGGACGGAGCCAGCUCCGGCGAACCGUUCGACAACGGGCUCCGGUUCCAGUACGAGGGUACGACGCCGGCAUCGAGUCGGCUUGCCGCGGCCGGCGUUUUUGGUGCUCGAUCCGGUGCCGGCUCCGUCCGGUCCGUGCUGCUCCUGCCGACGCUGCUCCUGCUCGGCGUCCUUGCGGUUUAAGGCCGACGGCUGACAGAUCGAUGACGUCACGGCACACAUUUCAUUCGGUUCCGCAUCAGUAUUGUACAUAGUUUGAGGUUAAGUGUAAAUACGCGCGACCCUCGCGAUCGCGCCGCGUUCGAUUUCAUGUUGAUUUUAAUGUUUGGAACCUUGUGCGAGAGAAAAAGGGAGGGACAGAGAGAGCGCAGAUUGAAUAAAGUUGAU